AUGCCAGUCACAAUCAAAGCUGCUCUUCACGGAGCCAACGCCGCAAGCCUAGAAUCCAGCCCGUCCAACACCCGCGAACUCCUCCGGGGCCUCGUAUCCGACACCAAAAUCAAAAACAACCACAUCAUCCAAAGCACCUUCACCAACCUCACACCCACCUCCCACAUCUACACCUCCCGCAACGGCUUCGUCGACGGCGCCGUCGCCGCCUACAACCAACACUACCACCUCACCCUCCGACCCGACGACAUCUGGAUCGCGAUCCUCGCCCAGCUCAACAUCUACAUCAACGCGCACGCCGAGGAGCUCCGCAGCAUGUUCGUCGACCACGCGGGGGCGGGGGUGCAGAAACCGCUCAAGAUCCUAGACCUAUCCGAUAUCAAGGGUAGUUCAAAGUUCGGCGUCGAUUGGGGUAAGUUCAGCUUCAAGAUGGGCAAGAUGAUUGCGGAGAAUAUCAAGGAUCCGAGUCUGAGGGAGUGGAUCCUGCCGUGUUUUGGUACGACUACGAAGGUGGAUCAGGCGGUUGCGUCGAUUAUGAUGAUGGCUACGCUGCAGAAGUUCUUCUCGUAUGGGUGUGAUGUUUGUUGUGGGCUGCCGUCUGUGACGCUGCUUGGGGAGAAGGGGGAUUGGGAGAGGUUGGCUGAGAAGGCGGAGCGGUUGGUCACGUUUGGUGGGGAGGCGGAGACUUGGUAUGGGUUGUUGAAGCCUGUUUUGGCGCGGUUUGUGAAGUCGUUUGAUGAGCCUGAGUCGGAGGAGAUAAAGGAUUUCUGGCAGAAGAUUGCGCAUUAUUCGGGUGGGGGAUCGGGCCCGUCGUAUUUGAGUCUAGGUUCUUCUUCCUGCACGUGA